UGCCCUGGUCAAUAGGACCUACGUUCGAGGCAGUAAACCAGUAAGAUUUGUGUCUGUAAUUCUUCACCGCCUCCUUCGCAAUCACCGAUUGGUUACUUUAGGAGGGAAGACUUGCGAGAAGGUUUGAUGCCCACUUUCUGCGCCCUCCCCGCACUUCGCCUUUCUCAUCUUCCCGCUUCUGCGCAACUCCGCUCGGCCUAACUACCUGUCCAAACCCCCCGUGUGUGUCUGUGUAUUUUCCCCUAAGAGAGCAAGGCAGCAUGUCGGACUACGGCUCACCCGGGGCCGGAGCGGGCGCUGGAGGCAAAAAAGAUGCUUUCGCGGACGCCGUGCAGCGAGCCAGACAGAUUGCAGCUAAGAUCGGAGGAGAUGCCGGACCUCCAAGUAACAAUGGAGGAGCAGGAGGAGGAGAGGGCUUCCCGUUCCAAACACUGAAACGCUCUCUGGAGGAUGGAGACCAACCAGAUGCCAAGAAGAUGUCUUCCCAGGGGGACAGAGACUCAGCCACUGCUUUGUCUAUCGGAGCUCAGCUCGCUGCCCUGUCUCAGCAAAGUGUCAGACCCUCCACUAUGACAGAGGAGUACAGAGUGCCAGACGGCAUGGUCGGACUCAUCAUUGGUCGAGGGGGUGAGCAGAUCAACAAGAUCCAGCAGGACUCGGGCUGCAAGGUCCAGAUCGCUCCAGGUGAGCAACUAGACAGUGGUGGCAUGCCAGAGAGGAGCGUCUCCCUCACAGGAAACCCUGACGCCAUCGCGAAAGCCAAGAUGUUUCUGGAUGAGAUUGUAUCUCGGGGGCGCGGUGCUCCUUCCUCUUCUUUCCACGAGUCGACCAAUGGGCAGAGUGGCUCCAUGCAGGAGAUGAUGAUCCCAGCUGGCAAGGCCGGCCUAAUCAUCGGCAAGGGAGGAGAGACCAUCAAACAACUACAGGAGCGUGCUGGAGUGAAGAUGAUCCUCAUCCAAGAUGGUUCCCAGCCACCCAACAUGGACAAACCCCUGCGCAUCAUCGGAGACCCCUACAAAGUACAGCAAGCCAAGGAGCUGGUGAAUGAGAUUCUGAGAGAGAGGGAUCACGCUGGCUUUGGAGACAGAAACAAUUUUGGCAACCAAAUGGGAGGAGGAGGUGGUGGUGGUGGAGGAGGCAUGGAUGUGCCCGUGCCCCGCCACUCUGUGGGAGUUGUGAUUGGUCGAAGUGGAGAGAUGAUCAAGAAGAUCCAGGCAGACGCUGGAGUUAGGAUACAGUUCAAACCAGAUGAAGAUGAAGAUGAAGAUGACGGUGCAGGUCCUGAUAAGAUAGCCCACAUCAUGGGCCCUCCAGACCGCUGUGAGCAUGCUGCCUCCAUCAUCAACGAGCUGCUGCAGAGCAUCAGAGUCAGGGAGGACGGAGGACAGGGGGGUCCUCCGGGUCCACCUGGCACGGGGGGGAUGCCUCAGGGUGGCCAUGGCAGGGGGCGAGGCCAGGGCAACUGGGGCGGUCCUCCGGGAGGUGAGGUAACCUUCUCUAUCCCUGCCCACAAAUGCGGCCUGGUGAUUGGUCGGGGUGGUGAGAACGUCAAGGCCAUCAACCAGCAGACGGGGGCUUUUGUGGAGAUCUCGCGUCAGCCACCGCCCAACGGUGACCCCAACUUCAAACUGUUCAUCAUCAGGGGGUCCCCUCAACAGAUAGAUCACGCCAAGCAGCUCAUAGAGGACAAGAUCGAGGCUCCUCUGUGUCCUCUAGGGGGAGGUCCUGGGGGACCUGGUCCAGCUGGUCCAAUGGGCCCCUACAACCCCAACCCUUACAACCCAGGGCCUGGUGGCCCCGGAGGACCCCCGCAUGGCGGCCCCCCAGGUGGUCAUGGUUAUGGGGCCCCUCAGGGCUGGGGAAACACCUUCCAGCAGUGGCAGGCCCCUGGAGGGCCACACGACCCCAACAAGGCAGCAGCAGACCCCAAUGCAGCGUGGGCAGCCUACUAUGCGCAGUACUACCAGCAGCAGCCAGGGGGCGCCAUGCCGGGCCAGGCCCCCAACGCCCCAGCAGCCGCCCCAGUCCAGGCAGACCCCUCCCAGGCAGCCCAGACCCCUGGAGGCCAGCCAGACUACACCAAGGCCUGGGAGGAGUAUUACAAGAAGAUGGGCAUGGCCCAGCCCGGUGGAGGUGCUGCAGCAGCGCCGGCUGCAGCCGUGGCCGGGGGAGGAGCUGGCGGACAGCAGGACUACAGUGCAGCCUGGGCUGAGUACUAUAGGCAGCAGGCGGCCUUCUACGGCCCUGGAGGGGCUCCAGGACAGGCUGCCACCCCACAGCAAGGACAACAGGCCCAGUGAACCAAAUCCAGCCAGUCUCCAAGCCUGUCAGAUGUGGACCGGGAGGACUGUCUCUUCACUGCAGCCACAUCCCAUCCAGCUCUCUGGACUUUUUAAAUGUUUUCUUCUGGGUUUAAGUCAUUCAAAAAAUGUCUGGUUUUGAUGGAAGCAAAACCUUAAUUCCCUCCCUCAAAUACACUCCCAGUACCCCCUUCUUCUCUUCCCCUAAAAAUUCCCCUUUUUCUUUUUUACAAAAACUGAAAAAUAACAAAUUCUACGAUUUUUUUUUUUUUUUUUUGCUGAUGAAAUGAUUGAACAACUUGGUAGGGUUGUUUUUCCUUUAUGUUCCCCUGUCCUCACCCUUCACCCCAACCCCUACGAUCUGCCUGUCCUCACCCUGCAUCCCAACUAGUGUCUGCCUGUCCUCACCCUGUACCCCAACUAGUGUCUGAGGAGGGGAAGAGAAGAAGAGGGGAAGAUGGUAAAGAGCUCCUACUCAUUGGCCUCGCUAAUACCCAUCUGUAAAAUACAUGGACUCGCACUUCUGUCAUUUGUUUGUUUUUCCUGAGGAAUAAACUGUCGUCUAGCAGUACUUUGGAGUAUAACUAUUACUAAUAUUCAGCAUCAGUUUGUAAAAACGAGUUGUUUUUUUGCAAGCAAAAGGAUAUUUUUUUGCUUUUUAGGCUUUUAUUUUCAUUUUUAAUUAACGUCUAGUUCAGUUAAAACAUUCCCUGUGUUGAUGAAGUAGCAGCAUUUUCCCCCUCCCUCCCCCCACCCACUUAUAAUUUUACUUAGUUCAUAUUUUUCAGUAACUAAAGGGUGGGCCUGGGUUUGUGUGUGCCUGUGCGACUGACUGUGUGUACAAGCCCCUGUUUCUAUGGAUGCUUGCUACAGUGUGUGCCUGCUUAUGUUGGUUGUUUUGGCACAGUUUGUGUCCCCGAGGCCCCCGUCCCCUUGCUGACUUCAGAUCAGGUUGCUGCAUCAUCAGAUGGGAUGCCUUUUAUUUUUCCUCGUGUUCCAAGAAGUCGUGUUAUAUGUUGUAUGCAGUUUUUUUUUUUUUUUUUUACUUUUUACUGCUUGUUUUUAAAAACUUCACAAUAAAAAAUAUAAGUAUUGAGA